GCACAUGCGCGAAUGACCAUUUCCGGCUGUCGUGGAACACCCAUAAACUGUCAAAUUGACUAUCGUGUCCUCUUUAUCUCAGGAUUUAAUUGUCAUUAUACGAAUUACCAGGAUGAAGUGGUUUUCAGAUAACGACAAAAAGAAAGACCCGGAGGUUUUUAAAAAUGUCGCCGAGGGUUUAAAGAAAAUAUACAGAACCAAGCUACUCCCAUUGGAAGAAGCCUACAAAUUUCAUGAAUUUCAUUCACCCAAACUGGACGACCCAGAUUUUGAUGCCAAGCCUAUGAUAUUACUCAUAGGACAGUAUUCCACAGGCAAGACCACAUUCAUUCGAUAUCUAUUGGAAUCUGACUUUCCUGGACUCCGUAUUGGCCCAGAACCGACAACUGAUCGCUUCAUUGCGGUUAUGACUGGAGAACAAGAGGGGGUCAUUCCAGGCAAUGCAGCAGUCGUUGAUUCGCAAAAGCAAUUCAAACCAUUGACCAAAUUUGGAAACGCCUUUCUAAAUAGAUUCCAGUGUUCACUUCUUAACAAUCCUGUUCUUGAUAGUAUUACGAUUGUUGAUACCCCUGGCAUAUUGGCUGGUGAGAAACAACGCGUGGAUCGUGGUUAUGAUUUCCCAGGAGUUUUAGAAUGGUUUGCUGAAAGAGUGGAUAGAAUCAUCCUACUAUUUGACGCUCAUAAACUUGAUAUUUCAGAUGAAUUCCGUCGGGCAAUCGAUGCAAUUAAAGGUUAUGAUGAUAAAAUACGGAUUGUUUUAAACAAAGCUGAUGGUGUUGACCAUCAACAGUUAAUGCGAGUGUAUGGUGCCUUAAUGUGGUCACUAGGAAAGGUUCUUAACACACCUGAAGUUGCAAGGGUGUACAUUGGAUCAUUUUGGGAUCACCCACUGCAGUUUGACAUGAAUAGGAAAUUGUUUGAACUGGAAGAAAAGGAUUUGUUUGCAGAUCUCCAGUCUUUGCCACGAAAUGCUACGUUGCGGAAAUUGAAUGAUCUGAUAAAACGAGCCAGAUUGGCUAAGGUUCACGCCUACAUCAUCAGUUCACUGAAGAAAGAGAUGCCAGCCAUGUUUGGGAAAGACUCCAAAAAGAAAGAACUGAUCAAACAGCUUGGCACCAUUUACUCGACACUUGAGCGAGAGCAUGGGAUUUCCCGCGGGGAUUUUCCGAACCUUCAGAGGAUGCAGGAGCAGCUGCAAGAUCAUGACUUCACAAAGUUCCACGAGCUCAAGUCAAAACUGAUCUCAACAGUCGACACUAUGCUCUCAACAGACAUAGCAAAGCUGAUGGAGAUGAUUCCUCUAGAGGACCAGAACCGAACCAAUGAAAACAAGCCACUCCAUGUGGAGGGCGGGGCCUUUGAGGCCUACAAUGAGAGCCCGUUUGGGUAUGGGCGCGGGGAAGGGGCUGACGCAGGCAAGGGCGAACACGAGUGGAUAGUGAAUAAUGAUAAAUACAAGUACGAUGAAGUUUUCACAAAACUGAAUCCAGUCAAUGGUAAAAUCUCCGGCGCCGCUGCUAAAGCCGAGAUGGUCAAAUCAAAAUUGCCAAACUCUGUCCUUGGAAAGAUCUGGAAAUUGGCAGACGUGGACCGCGAUGGAAUGUUGGAUGAGGACGAAUGGGCACUCGCUAACCACCUUAUUAACAUAAAAAUGGAGGGCCACGAUUUGCCUAACGAGUUGCCAGAUCAUUUGAUACCACCGGGGAAGAAAAAUGGCUUUGCUGAUUAAAAUACAUGUAAGUUUUUGUAGGUAAAUCCGAAAGUGAUGAUGAAAUAACAUGAGCAGAUUGUGAACAUGUGGUGUAGAUCCACCUGGUUAUUGUUAUGUACAUACAGUAGUAUGAUACAGUUGUUGUUGAAUAUCUGUUAAAGAUGCAUAAUAACCUGUGUAAACUCGUAUAACAGUCUUUUAAUUCAUACUUAUUAAGGAAUUGAAAAAAUGGGAAUGAUCCAUUAACUCUGUUUAUUUAAUUAAUUUUAUUGUUAAUAACAGUAAAAUUCCAUUCGGUAUUUAUAUUAUUUAAUCAGUAAAUGCAUUGCUUUUACUGAUACUAAAUGAGAAAAAACUAUACUGAAUUGUCAACAAAAUUCUGUUCAUGUUUAAACAAUUAUAGUUUGCUUCAGUGUUGCUGUGUUGAAUAUAAGUGGAUGUCAGUUAUUGUACAUACAUUUGUGAACUUGUAAUUUGCAAUUUCUUUACUGGAUGAAAAUCAAUGAAAAACUAAAGCCAUGUGCAAAUACAUGUACAUGUAGACUUUAUCUGAUGCCGUAGUCUGAAUCAGUUCUGUGCAAUCUUGUGCAAUCAAUACCACCCUUGUACCAGUAAUAUUUGUGUUAUUGAUGAUUUGAUGUUGAUUGUGCAUAACAUGUAAUGAUGUAAAUGGCUUAUUUUAUUGCAUGAGCAAAAGAGUAGUUUGCUAUGUUUUAAAAAUUAUUUCGAUAACGAACAUGUUUUAAAAAUUUAUUUCCACGUUCUAAUGCAAUGUGUUCUGUUUUAUGGUACAUUGUAAUACAGCUACAUGUUCUUAUCACACUAUACUUGAAACAUUAUUGCCAAUAUUAUAUUAUUACUUUGUACUUAUAAUCAGUUUCUGUAAUAUAAACUUUGAAGUUUUUUAUAUCUGGCAUCUAAAGAACUUAAUUAGCUUGGUUAUGGUUUACUAAAACUGAUGUGUUUUAUUGAUAGUAAUCAAUGUAUUAUACUAAAGAAUGAUAUAGUGUAAUAUAUUUAUAUAUGUAUAUGUAAUCAUUUUUUUAUUCAAUUUUGGUCCAAAGUUACUGGUAUCAUUGCUUUACCACCACAUUUUUUUAAAUUUUGGUAUAAAAGACAUAAAAUACAUGUAUGUAAAAGGAAAGAAAUGUCAUUGAAAUACAUAACAGCUGGUCUAGAUUGCUGCUGACACAGUCUGAAAUAACCGUACGUGUAGAAUGUUAAUAAAAUGCAUACAUUUACUUAAUAAAUUGGAAUGUUUAAGUCAAUCAUUUGGAAAAGACACACACACACAAAACUGUUUUUGAACACUUUGCUCUUGUCUUUUUAUGAAAAAACAUGAACAGGGCUGAUUUUUAUGCCCCCGGUAGGGUGGCAUAUAGCAUUUGAACUGUCUGUCCGUCCGUCCGAAAACUUUAACAUUGGCCAUAACUUUUGCAAUAUUGAAGAUAGCAAUUUCAUAUUUGGCAUGCAUGUGUAUCUCAUGAAGCUGCACAUUUUGAGUGGUGAAAGGUCAAGGUCAUCCAAUAAGGUCAAAGGUCAAAAAACAAAAUCCAAGGGAAGUAACAAGCUUUAAAAGAAGAUAAUUUCUAUUUUAUAUCAUUUGGCAGGUACAGAUCAUUUUCAAAAAGGAAGUAAUAUUUUUUAAAAGGAUAUAAUCUAAAACAAAUUUUAAGGUCAAGGUCAUCCUUCAAGGUCAAAAGUAAAAAAAUACAAUCCAAGGGAAGUAAUAAGCUUUAAAAGGGAGAUAAUUUCUUAACCUGCCAAAUGAUAUAUUGAAAUUUUAUUUCAAAGCGACGCAAUAGGGGGCAUUGUGUUUCUGACAAACACAUCUCUUGUUGAGGACUGAUUUUAUAGCCUUUAUUCGAUCUUAAUCCCAAUGGCAAAACAUUUCUUUUUUCCAAAAUCCAGUCCAAAAAAUCCUGAUUGAUGGCUUGACUUUCAGAUGUUUGGAAAUAGAGCUGUUACGUGUUUAUAAUUUUAAAGAUGUUAUUAUCCAUUUUAUUGAUAAGUUUAUUAUUAUAAUUUACUGUUUUAUCAAUAUAAUUUAAAUGUUAUUAAUCAAACAGUAAUGCAUUGCCCCAAUUGUCAUGAGUAUACGUCAAAUUCCAAAAAAUUUUGAGAAAAAGCCCUGAUUAAAGCAAUUCAUUUUCAUAAAUCGAUGUCAUUUGUACAUUUAGUAAAAUAGGACCUUGUAGGCAUAUUUCUUCUUAAACGUUUUUUAUUUGAGCUUUCCUUAGGAAAAGUGAGUUAAUUGCAUGUGCAUAAAGUGUUGGAAGGAGGAGCUGUCCCUGAUAAUCCUUUGCAGAUUGCCCAGGCUGAUUUGGAUGAAACUUUAUGCACAUGCAUAAAGGCUGGUUUUCCCAAAGCAUUGGUCAUUUAUAUUUUAUGGUUUGCUAUGUGUAUUAUGCUUAAUUAAGUUAUAUUUAGUUCUAUGCAAAUGGCAUAAAGAUUUACAUGUAUUUUAUGUUGUAUCUUUUGUAUGUUAAAAAAGUACAUUAAAUAAUAUUUACCAUGUA